ACAGCACUGGACAUGUGCACCGCUAAGGAUCUGCUGGUGGCAGGCUCAGAGGAUGGGCUGCUGAUCGCGUGGAACAUGAGAGAUCUUGAAGUCGUUUGCACAAUCCUCGCACACACAGGCUCAGUACUGGCACUGCGAGUGGUGUGUGGAGGCAGCCGUUGUCUGUCCUGUGGGGGUGAUGGGGCUCUGAGGUGCUGGAGCCUGAGGACGGGCAGACAACUCUACUGCGUCCAGGAGGCCGUCAGCCUCAGCGUCGACCUCAGCUCAGAGCUCACAGGGUCGCAGGGUCACGAGGUCACAGGGUCACAGCACACUGCCCUCUGCUGUGUGGUGAAGGAGAGUGCUGUGGUCUUCACACAGGCACCGGGACAAUGUGUAAAAGCAUGGCACCUGGAGACGGGCGAGGCCCUCUAUGACGUGGGCCCCCCAGGACAGGCGGCCAUGUUGGGGACGCUCAGUGGCUCCGUGUGUGUCCUGUCUGACGGAGACCUGCUCACCUUCUAUAAGGCGUCUACAGGGCUGGAGAAAAUGCAGAUGCGCCUGAGCAGCCACACACACACCUUCAGUCCCACACACACCCUCAGCCUCACCUGUGCCCUUCACCUGCCUAGGCAGGACAAGCUGCUCCUAGCCUCCGGAGAUAGCAUCCUCUUCCAGGUUUCUAACACCGGGAGGGAGCCUCUGCUAGUCACUGAGCUCCCUGGCCCUGUCUCGUUCCUCUCUGCGUCUGAGGAUGAGAAGACACUCUUAGCAGGUUCACUGUCAUCCAUACUUUAAUAUCCCAGCCCUGUGCUCAAACUUCAACACACCAUCAUUA